CCAUACAAGAUUAAAUAUUUUUUUAAAAAUGACGUAGAAAUAUGAAAACAAAUGUAUUUUGAAAUAUCAGCAAAAUAUAUAUUAAGGCAUUAGGUAAUAAAACGCCUAAACUUGACGUCGCAUAAAUCAUUGGAGUUGAUCCCACUUCCGGCAGCGCUGAAUGUCAAGACACCAGUCGUCCUCAUCAGACAAAACCCGCUGCUGCUUCAGAAUAAGCACAUCCUUAUCCAGUGAGAGACACUCACCAAUCUGACAGCCGAUCAGGACAGGUGGUGCAAGAAUGCGAGGACGCUGAGUAGAAGUCUGCAGGGGGCUCACCAUGGUGCAAGAGAAGAAUGACAGCAAAGACAAAGACAUGAUCCUUCCACCAAUCCAACAAAAUAGACCUGCUUUGUCAUGGGAAAUGAAGAUCAAGAAAAAGCUGAAGACGGUGCCUCCCUGUCUGGGCAAGUUCAGACCGACUGUUGGCCAGUGCUGCCACCAGUGCACUCCGGACAGUCUGCGCAACACGCUGGGACAAACCUCUUCCCUUGGCUUUCACAACCUGCUGAGUGUCAACGAGACACACACCAGGUAUCGAGGCUGGCUGGUGCGGAGGGUGUGCUGCACGCUGUUUGUGAGUGGGCUCAAGGUUUACGCGAGCCCUGUUAGCAACAGACUGGAGAGAGUCUGUCAGAGCACCAGGGUGAAGGAGGCGCUCACAGCAGAGCUCCAAGCGCCCGAGGGGGGAGACAGUCAAGGGCAGCUCAGCCACCUCUCUCCACUCCUCGCCCUCAUUAACACCUGCAUCUCCCCUGGCCUCUUGCGAUUCCUGAGCUGGGUGAUGCUGAAGAUGUUUUCCUCCGUGUUUGGCAGUAUUCAAGUUAACCUCAACCAUCUGCCGGCUUUGCACAGAGCCUCACAAGAGGGAUCUCUGCUGGUUUAUGUGCAUGUGCGUCAGAGCAUUGUGGACUGCGCUCUCAUCCCUCUGGUGCUCUUCUGUCACAACCUGAGAGUCCCAUACACUGUUAGUCCCCUCCACAUUAACAGCUCCUUCAUAAGAUCAAUCCUGCAGAAAGUAGGAGUGGUCCUCCUGCCCUCUUCUGCUCUGACUGAGCUGGAUGCUGAGAUGGACCGUCUGUACUCACCUGUCAUUUACUCCCUGGUACGUGAGCUGCUACAUGAGGGUCAGGCGAUAAGCGUCGGUGUGUCAGCGGAGUCUGGCCGAGGUGGCCGGUGGCUGGCUAACGUCACACAGCUCAUCAAAGAGGGAUCUGUCCCCGAUGUCAGUCUGGUGCCUGUGGGCAUCUCCUACGACUGUGUGCCCAAGACCCACACACAGGUUGGCUUAAGCACUGUGUUGCAGUGGUUGUGGUCUCUACUCUGGAGGAGACCGGGAGGAAGCGUGAGGGUCCACUUCGCUCAGCCCUUUUCUCUCAAGGAGAUGUGCGAGUCAGGGAGGUGCAGAGUAGAUGAAUGGCUCCCUCUACAGGACCUGUUGCUGCCUGUUAUCCUCAACAACAGAGCCGACUGUGUGUUUGGGCAGAGGAAGAUGUCGUGGCUCCUGCCUUCCUCUCAUUAUGCAUCUGAACUUAAAGAGCCAACUCAUCCAGAGAGAGACCUUAGCGUCGCCAUCAUCCUCCACCUCAUCUUCUCUUCAGCCUCCUGCACAGCUGUGAUGUCCACCAGUCUGGUGUCAAGUCUUAUGCUGUACAGACACCGCAAGGGUGUGAGCGCCUCCGCCCUGUGUCGUGAUGUGGCCUGGCUCACGGAGGAGCUGCUGUUCAGGAACAAGGACGUGGGUUUCGGGGGAAGUUUAGAGGAGAUUGUCCGCUAUUCCCUCUCUCUGCUCGCCCCUCACCUCAUCAUAGCCGCAGUGCCGUCUAGGAGAGACCCGUUUAUUGUGCCCCGUCCUUCUCCUGAUGCUACGCUGCACCUCGCCCUCCAGGCCCAGAUUGUCACACACACCUUUAUUUUGGAAGCUGUUGGCGCAUGUGCGGUGGCGGCCAUGCUGUGCGAGGUGGUCGGCAGUGGCGUCAGCAGCAGGGUGAGGAGCGACGGCGUGGACGGAGAGCAGGUCAACGGUGACAUGGAGUUCGAUGUGGUGCUCUGCCAGUCCGAGCUGACGGAGAGAGCCCUGCAGCUCUGCCAUCUCCUGCCUCCGGGCUUCAUGCCACCUUGUCAGUCGGCCCAGAGUUUCGCUCUGGAUGCAGUUGACAGUCUGGUACGCUGUGGCAUCCUGAUCAUGGAAGAAAUUCCCAGAGAUGUUCCCAUCUGUGAUUUCUGGAAGAAGGAGGGCGCUCUGACCUGGACCACCUCUGACGACCCUUAUCUCAGCGACUCCGACUGUGACGUGGAGGAGCAGGACCUGCGUUCCUACAAGAUAAGCCAUCCGAGUCAGUGUCCAGAGAUGCUCUUCUUCCUCUGCAGUAUGCUAGCUGGUCAUCUUAGGGCACUGUGCUGGGCGACCAGCGGUCUGGACCUUCUGCACACACCUCUGCCAGAGGCAGAGUUCGUGGCUCAGAUACACUCCCAUCUGUGUGACACAGCGAAUAAGAAGAAGCAGCACUUUGAGAGCUGCUCGGAGGAGGCUGCACGCACUGCAGUUAGAUCACUAAUAGACCUGGGGGUCCUUUCGGAGGAGCGUCAGAGAGGAGGCGUCUUCCUUGGCGUCGGCCCUUUGUUCCAGUCGUCAGAGAACAAGCAGCAACUGCAGCGCUUCAUCUCCCAGUACCUCUUCAAUUAAUGUGUUUAACUGUGCGGCGUGACUCAAGGGCUUUGUUGUGUUGCAGACUCUGACCUCAUCCUCUGUUCGCGUCAGAGAAGCUCGUGCUCGCCGUUGAGAUGCAUGCUGAGCAGGUACGCUCGUGCCUUUUAGGUUAAUUGCAUUUUGAUUUUUUUUCAGUGAUGAGACACUGAUUUUAAGUUUAUCUUUAGUAAUAGCAUUAGCAUAAAGCCACAGGAGACGAGGAUUAUGAAGUCCCUGUAAUCAGCUGUGAGGACUCGGUGCGGCUCGUGUUUGGACCACGUUUGUGUUGUAAUGAAGGCCGCGAAAGUUUUGUUUGUAACGCGAACAUUAAGUUUAUUUCUCAAGUUGAUCAGUUAAGCAAUGUUCAUGCUGACAAUAAAGAAAGUGUGCCUACUUCAUCGUUAACU